CGCCCACAGCAACACAGCAACACCACACCCCUACGACAGAUCGGGCAUACCCAUAUCCGUCCAAUCUCGCCUCCGUGGAGCAUUCCUCCCCUCGGCAUGUCCACGACGCCCUUCGACAUGGACCUCCGCGAUGGCAUCCCCAGCUAUGAAGAGGCCGUCGCUAACUCACCCAAAACAUCGGCCCAGGACUCAAGAACGAGAGCAGCGUCGAGCACCUCCUUGAUCCGCCAACAGCGUACUCGACGUAUCUACGAGCUGGUCGUAGGGUCUCUCAUACCCUUUUUGGCAACUAAUGUGUCCAACCUGUGCAGCCAUGUUACCAUCGUUGUCGUUCCAGCGGAAAUCCUAAAGUCGACAAGAACUCUGACCGAGGAGAACAUUGUUUCUCCCUCAAUACCCAGCCAUCAGACCACCGGGUUCGUCAUUGCCCUUUCCGGAGCCGAGAAUCAUUCCUCCUUCUGGACACAGCAAGCAGUGGUUGAAGAGCUGGAUUCCUUGUUCAAGAGAGAGCUCUCCCAUCCAUCCGCAGCAGAGGAGACACGAUCUAAGAGACGGGAUAAAAAAUCUGAACCUCAAUCACAGCUCCAACCACAGUUCCAAGUCAAACCUACACCAGAAGCUCAAUUGCCACCCCGUCCCACCAAGACGUCGUGGUUCAAACGGGCCUUUUCUCUCCCCGGGCCUGACCACGAUCCGACAGGUGAGACAGGCAAAUGGAAUCUUGGAUGGCGCAGUCCCGACUUCUCUGAAUCGAGCACCGGAGACAGCCGUUCAAUGUCGAAAAGGCGCGAAGGGAGUAGAGCACCCCAGACAGACGAGGUGGACGUGCAGACAAGAUUGCAAGAUGUGAGUUUUCGAACAGAGAACGAGAUGGGGCUUUUGGAGACGGAGACGGUCAAGUGCAUACGGAUAACAAUCGAAGUGGGCCUAUAGCGCCCUUCGGAGCAAAACCAUACU